UGCGUAUGUCCAUAACAAGGCUGCAGCUGUCUGCGAGCGCAACAAUAACAAGCUCGACCCAGACGCUUCUGUGCGUAAAAACGGGCCUGACAGCGCACAGAACCGACAGAACCCGACAGAACCCGACAGAACCGACAGAACCCGACAGCACCGGGCCGUCCCACACCAUGCGGGCCCGGGACUGAGCCUCCUGCUCCGUGUCGCGGGUGAACACUCGGCCGCAGCGGAGGCGCUGCAUCUGGGUCAGUGCGUCGGGCCCGUGUCGUUUCCUCUGAGGCGGAGCGGAGCGUCCAGAGCCGCGGUGUCGUGAACAUGCAGACGAACGGAACCGGCCCGGAGCCGCAGACCGAACUGUCACGGCCCAACGGAGCCCAGAACGGAGACUCCACACCGGGAGAAGAGAACGGGCUCCCGCCUGUGUCCAACAGUGAUGUCGCCAACAGUAACUCACUGAGCAACAAUAACACCGGACUGAACACCGGACUGAACACCGGACUGAACACCGGACUGAACACUGGACCGAACCCCCCGGGGACAGAGGACAGGCCGCAUCAGGACGUCUCCUCCGCGGGGAAAAAGAAGAAGUGUCUGUCUCAGUGUGAGGAGGAUGUGAUCAGACUCAUAGGACAACACCUGCACGACCUGGGGCUCAAUCAGACCGUGGAUCUUCUGAUGCAGGAGUCGGGCUGUCGUCUGGAGCAUCCAUCAGCCACAAAGUUCAGGAACCACGUCAUGGAGGGAGAGUGGGACAAGGCUGAGAGUGACUUGAACGAGCUCAAGGCGCUGAUGCAUUCUCCCAGUGCGAUUGUGAGGAUGACGUUCCUGCUGCUGCAGCAGAAGUACCUGGAGUUCCUGGAGGAUGGCAAGGUCCUGGAGGCUCUGCAGGUUCUGAGGGCGGAGCUCACGCCUCUGAAGUACAACACAGAGCGGAUACACGUGCUCAGCGGGUACCUGAUGUGCAGUCACGCUGAAGACCUCCGAGCCAAAGCCGACUGGGAGGGAAAGGGCGCCGCGUCUCGGACCAAACUCCUGGACAAACUACAGACGUACCUGCCCCCGUCGGUGAUGCUCCCUCCUCGAAGGCUCCAGACUCUGCUCAAACAGGCUGUGGAGCUGCAGAGGGAACGCUGCCUGUACCACAACACUAAACUGGUCUCUGGACUGGACUCUGUGUCUCUGCUGCUGGACCACACCUGCAGCCGGAAGCAGUUCCCGUGCUACACUCAGCAGAUCCUCACUGAACACUGUAACGAGGUUUGGUUUUGUAAAUUCUCCAACGAUGGAACUAAACUGGCCACAGGCUCCAAAGACACGACCGUCAUCGUGUGGCAGGUUGACCUGGAGACUCACAGUCUGAAGAUGCUGAAGACUCUGGAGGGUCACGCGUACGGCGUGUCAUAUCUGUCCUGGAGCCCUGAUGACCUUUACCUCAUCGCCUGUGGCCCUGACGACUGCUCCGAGCUCUGGCUGUGGAACGUCCAGACGGGCGAGUUACGGACCAAAAUGUCUCAGUCUCACGAGGACAGUCUGACCAGCGUGUCCUGGAACCCAGACGGGAAGCGCUUCGUCACCGGUGGGCAGCGCGGGCAGUUCUACCAGUGUGACUUGGACGGGACGCUGCUGGACUCGUGGGAGGGCGUGCGUGUGCAGUGUCUGUGGUGUCUGAGUGACGGACGCACAGUUCUGGCGUCGGACACUCACCAGCGAAUCAGAGGCUACAACUUCGAGGACCUGACGGACAGAAACAUAGUGCAGGAGGACCAUCCCAUAAUGUCCUUCACAGUUUCUAAAAAUGGCCGCCUGGCUCUGCUGAACGUGGCGACUCAGGGCGUGCACCUUUGGGACCUGCAGGACCGGGUGCUGCUGAGGAGGUACCAGGGCGUCACCCAGGGCUUCUACACCAUCCACUCCUGCUUUGGGGGACACAACGAGGACUUCAUCGCCAGCGGCAGCGAAGAUCACAAAGUGUACGUGUGGCACCGUCGGAGCGAGCUGCCCAUCGCAGAGCUGACCGGCCACACUCGGACGGUCAACUGUGUGAGCUGGAACCCCGCGGUCCCCGGGCUCUUGGCCAGCGCCUCAGACGACGGGACGGUCCGGAUCUGGGGCCCGGCUCCGUUCAUGGACCUCCCAGAAGCAGAGGGCCUCAGCGAGUGCCGCAGCAUGGACAGCUGAUAAUCGCUCCUGCCACUUGGACUUUUCUCUCACCUGAUUGGACAAAGGGACGAAUUUUCUGAACAGCCAUUGGACAGCGGCUCGUAUGUGGGCGGGGCAUAAAAAGGGAGUCAAAACCAAAACGAUGAACCAAUGGAAACACUGAUGUCAGGCUCCCGUUUUCAAAGCCCCGCCUCCUCCCCUUUGGACCAUGAAACCCAAAUCUUACUAUUUAUUACCAAUAUUAUUAUUUAAUCUCCAGAGAAAAUGGAGGAGCUCUGAUGAGAAUCGACUCGCGGCGUGUUUGAAGGAUGUAUCGCCCACUUGAAGAAAUACUUGUUAAAUUGAAAUGCUUUUAAAUAUUUCGUUUUUGUCCCGGUUUACAUCGCUUUGACGUGCACAGACGGAGCAUGUUGCCUAGAAGAGAAGUCACUUUUGAAAAAGAGGUCACUACGUUUGGGUUCAGAUGGAGGGAGGAAGUCUUUUUUGAGCAUGAAGAGCGCCCCCUGCACUUAAAACAAAGCACUAUAUUAGUAAAAGUCAAAAGUCAAAAUCUGUAACCAGACAAAAAGUUGUAGGAGUGAAGACGUUGGACGAGCAGCCAAACGAGCCUCUUCUACAAGCCUCUUCUUCAGUUGGCUCGCUCUGUUGUUCUCUUUGUUUCCUUUGUUUGCUUUGGGACUGAGGAUGGAGUUAUAGAUGGGAGAAAGAUGAUGUCUAAGGCCCAGAUUAAGUAAGUACUUUAUGAAGAUGUGAGUCUGGUCGCCGGUGAAUCUUCUCGAGUUCAGAUCUGAAUAAUCUUGAAUAAUCAUGAAAUCGUCAUAACACUAAAAUCAUGACAUCGUUUCAGUUUUCAAAAUGGCGUCUGCUCUUCCUGCCUCCAUCUGAACUCUGCACUAAACUGGCUCCUGUUUGUCGUUCGCUGCCUGAUUUAAACCAAUCGCUUUUUCCUUUUGGCCUUUGACGUUCUUUUAUUUAUUCAUGUGCUGUUUUUCCUGUUACACCUUUGAGCUUUUAACUCCAGAUUUUGUUUAUUUUUCAGCGUCUCAUGUUGUCUGUUUUCUUGGAUUGCUGAAAUGUUUAUGAAAUGUAUUUAUUUGAAUUUUUAAGUUUGUUUAAAAUGAUUUUGUGGUGGAGCAGGUUUGGUACGGCACACUCACGGAAAAACGCCAACGUUUUAAAAAAAACGUUCCUCAUAUUCAAUGAUCAGACCAAAGCCAAAUCAGUGUGACUCAUUUUAAAGACCAUUUUGUGCCAUUUUAAACUAUAAAUAGUGACGACAAAUUCUGAUUAUGUAAUGUUGUUAAUGAAAUCGUUAAAAAGAGAAAAUACUUUUAAUAAUAUGUCACUAAAAUAUCUUAACCCUCCUUUAUCCUUAAUCAAUGCAAAGUUUUGAUCAUUUAAACAUAAAAGUUGCAGUAUGUAACUUUUCUGGUCAUGUGCCCAUCUCCAUGGAGAUGUAAUUGAUUGGCCUGGAAUGUUCCAGGGUAUGGCAUUAAACCUAUUUAACUAUAGUUGUUUUCAUUUCUCAUAAAUACCUUGAAAAACAUCAACAGUUCUUAUGAGCGGGCUUGCCUCUCCACAGAUCUGACCUGGAGCUCAGCCUGAUGGACUCACCUGCUUGUCUCCAUGGAGAUAGAUCAUUUAUAGAGCGUACUGUGGAACAUUCCAGACAAGCAAAGAUAAAUGUCACUAAGUGCCAUAACAUUACUAUGAAAUUAUUCAAAUAAUUAGAGUAAUAGACUCUGUGCACGACAGCGCCCCCUGUCUGUGAGCGUCACUACUGUCCAGGUUUAUCUCUGAGGUUUUUGUCCAGACACUAAAAUGAAUAAAGAUUUAAAGAUCAGACAGUGGACAGGGAGCUGCAGGUGGGUCAGAGGUCAGGGGGUCAGACAGUGGACAGGGAGCUGCAGGUGGGUCAGAGGUCAGAGGUCAGGGGAUCAGACAGUGGACAGGGAGCUGCAGGUGGACGUCACUGUCACAUGUUAAACACAAAUAAAAUGAAAACUUCACCAGACACGUCUUUGUUUAGAGACGUUGGCUCAGUGCUAAUGCUAAUGCUAAUUUUGAGGCAUAAUACACAUUAAACCACCACAAACUACAGUUAUUUUUAUAAGCAGAAUACUUCAGUCUUUAUUUUAAUACAUUUUAAUUUUAAUAGUAGUUCAUUUUAAUAAUUUUCUGAUUUUAAUAAAAGUGUUUGUUAGCUCUGAGACAGUGAGCUAGCUAGCAUGUGCACAGAGCCAGUAAAAUGUGAUGUAACAAAAUAAUAAUAAUGUCUUACACUUGUAAUGUGCUUUUUCAAAGCCUCUACACUAGACUCAUGAUUCAUUCAUUUUCACACUUGGUGAUGGUCAGAUACAGCCACAGCUGCCCUGGGGCAGACUGACAGAAGUGAAGCUGACAAUCUGCGCCAUCGGCCCCUCCGACCACCACCAUCAUUCACACA